AUGGGAUGUAACCCUUUGCAUGCAUUGUAUCUCGGCGCUUUCCUGCCCCGCCCUCCUCCUCCUCUUCCUCCGCCAGGCGGGAAGCAGGACAGAGCGCGGGCGAUCGAGGCGGCGGUGAUGGCGCACUGGAGAGCGGUGCGCGACUGGUCUCCUUCGCGGAGGAUGAUUCGCCUGGCUUCCCCGGACCAGGAGCAGGAGGAGGAGAAAAAGAGGGACCUCCCACGGAACGUGGUGGUUGAGGCCGUGCAGCACUUGUUGGAGUGGGGCAGGCAGCGGGACCAAGUGCGGGGUGAGAAGCACCGGCGGAACGAAGAGGGGCUCCGGCCGCCACCCAGCAGUCCCCAAAGUCCCAGCGGCGGCUCCUCCUCCUGCCCCAAGGCGCCCUGCAGUGAAGCAUCCCAGCCUGCUAGCAAUUCCCAACCAUCAUCAGGAGAGACUUCUGAAAUUCUUAAUCAAGAGAGUGUGAAUUCUUCUCCCGCUGAAUUGGAUAGUGGGGUCUCUGAACACACCAAUAUAUCUUCAAAGGAGAAAACACCAUCUGGACUUUCAAAUCCUCAUUCACAGAAAAGCGAAAUCACUGUCAAUGAAAGGUUUCUUAAAGAUUAUAACAACAUCGAGUGUAUUGCAGACGGAGGAUUUGGGUGUGUGUACAAGGCACACCAUCUCCUUGAUAGCACACAGUAUGCUAUCAAAAAAGUGAAAUGGGCCAUCGGUAAGGAAGAAAAAGUUACACAUGAAGUGGAAGCUUUAGCAAAACUUAGCCAUGAAAACAUUGUCCGGUAUUACACUUGUUGGACUGGGAAGGACAUUUUUCCAUCGGAGGACAGUGAUAGCAGCUCAGGAGAAGAAAAACUGCACAAGUGCCUCUUCAUAAAACUGGAGUUGUGUAAGUUAACGCUAGAAGACUGGAUUUACUCGGAAGAAAGCACAAAAAAUUACAAGGAUGACGCCUUUGAAAAAUUUCAGGAAAUACUCAAAGGGGUGGCAUAUAUUCAUGAGAAACACUUCAUUCACCGAGAUCUCAAGCCUGCAAACAUAUUCAUAUCUUUUCAAAAUAUAAUAAAGAUAGGUGAUUUUGGACUAGUAACGACAGGUGCAGAUGAUAUUCCAGUGAAGAGGACCAGAAAGAAGGGCACAAAAUCAUACAUGGCCCCUGAACAGGUGGGGCAGGAAUAUGGAAAUAAAGUGGACAUCUUCCCAUUAGGAUUAAUUUGGUUCGAAAUGCUUCAUAGAUUCAAAACAAAAUCUGAGAAAUCGAAGAGAUGGGAGGAUGUCAGAGACGGCAGGUUUCCACCAGAGUUUAUCAAGGCAUUUCCAACAGAGAAAUCCAUAAUAAAGAAACUGCUUUCAAAAGAGCCAUCUAAAAGACCACCAGCAGCAGCCAUUCUGCGUAUGCUGUUAGUUCACUUAUUCAGAAGCUCCAGUAUUUAGCCGAAUGAUCAAAAUGCUCUGCUCAGAUCAUCAUAGCAUUUGUUCAAAUGUCACUUUUUAAAAGAUUGCACCCAAGGGUUUUACAUUAUUGGAAGCCUCUGGCCACAGCCCACGUAUCCCAUCUCGGACGGCUGUUAAUCUGGGCCUUGCCCCUGCUAGACCUGCAUCGCUAGCAGCUGCCAUGAAUCUGAAUCACGCAGCGGAGCAGCCAUGAGGGAUGAAAAUGGAUGACCCGCUGGGUCGUUUUUGUUGCCAUUUCUGUGUAAGACCGCUUGGGAUUUUGUGCCAGAUUUCACUGUUGCCUGAGACGGUGGCAUCCUAAAGGAUGAUUAGAGUAGAACGACAACAAAACGUACAGCCACAACAAAAGUGGAAGCGUAACGUGUUUUGGCAAAGCAGUGCUGCAGGGUGCCAAGGCGCCCUGCACAGGGAACCACUGAAAAACCAAGAGUCCCAGUUAGUCUCUUCUACACCCACAAUCCAUACCACAACCACCACCAGAUUGUAGUAAUUCAUUGUUUAUGUCUUAUGUGGGACUACGCACAAAGGAAAUUAAAUCAGUGCAAAUAAAGAAAGAGUCCAUCCUCCACCCCCCAGUCCAGUUUCUAAUUAAUGUGAAAAGUGUAGAAAGAAAGUGAUCGAUGAAAUAGCUCCAUUUAAUUUAUGUACCUCAAUAUAGGAAACUGUUGUAUUAUUACCCUUAAAUAUGAAGGGGUAAGAAGUUAACCUUAAUAAUUACCUAUUAUUACUUCUGUUCAUUUCAUAUUUUGCUGUUGUUGCUUUAUUUUGUAACGCUUCUAUGUAAUCAAAUUGGAACAUUUUGUACUUUUACUUUAUCUUGAAUAAAAUUUAAAAAAGAAAGAAACAUUUGGGGAGGAGGUUGGUUCCCCCCCCCCCAAUCUUUCCUGCUAUCUGCCCUGCUUUGCCUUGCUGAAGGCCACAAGGCCCGCCCGGCCACCAUAGCUUGCUAUGAAUUUUAUUUAACCGAAUAUGCUAGAUGGGCUGGAGGACGUUAGGAAGAAACAGUGUUAUUUACCCUGAUUGAUUGCUAUGCCAAUGCCUUUAAACCAUUAAUUAACGGGUGCAAUUUAUGUAGCAUUGCUUUAAACUUUAUCAUACGUGAUCGAUGUCAUAAUGCCAUUAAGUGGCAAUAAAUCAAUUGAUUCUUUUCUAUUACAA